ACCAUGACGUCUGCGUGGCUGGGCGAGACAGGCGAAGGAGGACCUCGGGGCUCCAGGCAUACGCCCGCGUUGUCCUCGCUGUUGCGCUGGAACCUCACGCCCUCGCUCUCCUCGCUACUUCGCCUCGUCCUCACGCCCACGCUCCCCUCGCUACUCCGCCUCGUCCUCACGCCCACGCUCCCCUCGCUACUCCGCCUCGUCCUCACGCCCACGCUCCCCUCGCUACUCCGCCUCGUCCUCACGCUCGCGUUCCCUUCACUACUCCGCCUGUUUCUCACGCCCAUGGCUCCCUCGCUGUUCCGCCUGAUCCUCGCGGCCGCGCUCUCCAAGCUGUCCAGCCUGAUCCUCAGUCUUCCUUUCCCUCGAUGCGCCGCCCCUCCGCUCUCCCUCUUGCCUGAAAGAGUGUCACUUGGGUCCUCUAUGCUGACUGCUACAUGGCCUUGCUUCAGUUCGUCGCGCGGGGGGUGGGGGGUUGGGGUGGGGGUGGGGUGGUGGGGGGGGGGUGGUGGGGGGGGUGGUGGGGGUGGGGGGGUGGGGGGGGGGGGUGGGGUGGGGGGGGGGGGGGGGGGGGGUGGGGGGGGGGGUGGGGGGGUGGGGGGGGGGGGGGUGGGGGGGGGGGGGGGGGGGGGGUGGGUGGGGGGGGGUGGGGGGGGGGGGGGGGGGGGUGGGGGGGGGGGGUGGGGGGGGGGUGGGGGGGGGGGGGGGGGGGGGGGUGGGGGGGGGUGGGGGGGGGGGGGGGGGGGGGGGGGGGGGGGGGUUGGUGGGGGGGGGGGGGGGGGGGGUGGGGGGGGGGGGGUGGGGGGGGGGGUGGGGGGGUGGGGGGGGGGGUGGGGGGGGGGGGGGGGGGGGGGGGGGGGGAGGGGGGGGGGGGGGGGGGGGGGGGGGGGGGGGGGGGGGGGGGUGGGGGGGGGGGGGUGGGGGGGGGGGGGGGGGGGGGGGGGGGGGGGGGGGGGGGGGGUGGGGGGGGGGUGGGGGGGGGGGGGGGGGGGGGGGGGGGGGGGGGGGGGGGGGGGGGGGGGGGGGGGG